GGCAGUUAAGCGGCAGCGACCCGGCCGAAGGGCGACUCUAACUGGAUGUUCUUGUCUCAACAAACGCGUCCGGACCAGAGGCUGACUGUGGGGAUAAAGCCACUCUGAAGCGAAUGAAGAAACAUCUAAUCUUCCACUUCACAUACAGAGGUCUUCUCACGAAAGGAAAAAAGAGUAAAAGAAGAAAAUGGAUUAUAAAUUACGAAAAGCUGAACCCAAGGACGUGUCUGAUAUAUUACGACUGGUGAAGGAACUUGCAAAAUACGAGGAGAUGGAGCACCAGGUGACACUGACUGAGAAAGAGCUCCUGGAGGAUGGAUUCGGUGACACCCCGUUCUACCACUGCGUCAUCGCUGAAACCCAAGGAGAGAGCAGCAGUGACGAUCCGAGGGUGGUGGGCUUCGCCAUGUACUACUUCACCUACGACCCCUGGGUGGGCAAGCAGCUGUACCUGGAGGAGUUCUACGUGAUGGACGAGUACAGAGGGCUGGGCAUCGGCUCGGAGAUCCUGCGGCACCUCAGUGACCUGGCCAUGAAGACGCGCUGCACCGGCAUGAUGUUCGUGGUGGCCCAGAACAACGAGCCGUCCGUCCAGUUCUACAAGCGUCGCGGAGCCGAGGAUCUCUCCCAGGAGGAGGGCUGGAGGCUGUUCAGGUUCGACAAGGACAGCCUGGUCAAGAUGGCCACGCCGGCCGAGGAGUGACCGAGGAGGAGGAAGAGGAGGGAGGACGAAGGUCUGGAUGGAGACCACUCGACUCUCCGUUCAGACGACAGGAGUUCAGCUUCUAAACAGGGAAUCUAGUUUCACAGUAAUAGGUUUGUGUUUGUAGUGAAUCUGAAGCACAUGUUUAACCAGCGUUUCAUUAAUAACGUUUUAUUAACCGUAUAGUUGUAGCGUAAACAUUGAUUAAGUUUCAAAUAAAACUAACUGAUCUCA